UGGUGUGGAGGACGGCGGCGGCGGCGGCGGCCAGUGUGGCAAGACGCGGUGGCCGGCCGCCUCGUGCGCUCCACUGCCCUCCUACACGCCCACCUGCACCACCUCCCAUCCGCUGUGCUCCUGCUCGUGGCUCGCACGUUUGGAUUACUCCGUGCGGUGGAGUUGAAGUCUAGCAGCCUAACGAGGGAGAGGCAGCAUCCGGGCUGCUCAGUCACGACUGUGUGGUGUUGCGUUGGCCUGGAUGCUAUUGAGAAGUGAGAGCAGCUUUACGCACUCUCACUCUGGCCGCCAGGCAUGGCGUGUCCCUUGUCCUGUUACUGUGGCCUCAUGUGCCGCUGCGGAUGCAUACCCUCGCCUGAGGUGCCCUCCAUGACGUCCGGCGGGUCUGGUGGGACUCUGGGCCGUGACACACACCGCAGCCACAUAGUCUACAUUCUCCUGCUGGGGGCUGCAGAGACGGGAAAAUCUACCAUCAUGAGGCAGAUGAAAAUCAUCGACAGUGGCGGGAUGUCUCCGGCCUCGCUACGCUCCUACACGCGGCACGUGCUCGACAAUGUUCUCACGUGUGUCACACGCCUAAUAGCGUCUGUUCAGGAAGCUGCCAUUCCCUGGAGCUCGCCCGAGGCUGCACACGCCGCCCACACUUUGGCAAUGGUAACGCCCGCAGACUGGGGCCUGACUGAGGACGAUGUGAAGCCCGCGCUUCUACCUCAAGAUCACGCACACCUCAUGCGCGUCCUGUGGGAGGACGUAGCGGCACAGGAGUGCUGGCUGCGAGCCAACGAGUUUAACCUACCAGACAGCACAGCCUACUACCUGUCAGCCACGGACCGUCUGGCGCAGCAACCAUACCUGCCCACACAGGAGGACGUCCUUCAGCUGCGCAUCCCCACGCGCGCCGCCACCGUCUACGACUUCCACGACAGAAAUUGGACCUUUCGUAUAACGGACGUGGGGGGUCAACGAGGAGAGAGACGGAGGUGGUUGCGGCUCUUUGAUGAGGUCAACGCUAUAAUUUUUUUGGCGGCGUUGAGCGAGUACGACCAGACGUGGAGUCAAGAGGAAGAGGACGGCAUGAACAGGCUGGAGCUGUCGUUACUACUCUUCCGAGAGACAUUGAACUACCCUGGCUUUUCCAAGACGAGCAUCAUCUUGUUUCUAAACAAGACUGAUGUGCUACAGAAGAAGAUAGCCAGGUCAGACCUUAGCAAGUACUUCCCCGACUACACGGGCCCUCGUGGGGACGCACGCAGCGCCACUGACUAUAUCCGCAACCGCUUCGUGACCUUUGCAAAAAACAGAGACAACUUCUUCUCUCACGAAACUUGUGCCACAGACACAAAUAAGACCAGAUUCGUUUUCGCCGCCGUCAGAGAGAGUAUCUUGUGGGACAACAUCAGACUUUUUAUGGACCCGUUUCACACCUGACGUCUGAUAGUAGUCUUGCAGCACCAGGCCUCCGAAAAUUGGGGUAGUUCAACUAGUCUGGACUCUUACAGUCAUGGACGUAGCCUCACAGGUCCUUAGUAACCAACCUGGUUUUUAUCGUGGUAGCUACCGGUAUAUCUGUGAGAACUAAUUUAGGGAACCAGCCUAGUUUUUUAACUUGGUAGCUCCUUGCAUAGUUGUGAGAACUUGUCAGUCAAGUUACAAAAGGUUAAAGUACAAGUUAAUUUAUACGGUGGAAUAUGUGAUGUUUAGAUUUUAAGAGACUUGGAGGCCAAGUGAAGCAGAAAUGCUGAACAAUGACGUAGUAAAGUGAAAACUAAUUUUGUCAUAGUACUUUUAUCCGUGAAGCAAGAAGUGUUUGCAGUGAAUAUUUAAUUGCAAGUGGUUUUAAAGUUCCAUUAUCAUGUCGUUAGUAGUGACGAUAAAUGGUAUUGAAUGCCUAUCAUGUGUGUGUGUUUCUCCAGUAAUCAUACCUUUCCCACUCGCAUAUUUUAUACAUGAUUUCACAAAUGAGAUAUUUAAUUUAUAUGUGUGAUUAACAGUGUUCAUGAUUUGCACAAUUUAAUCACCUAUUUUUGUUGUCACCCAUUUAAAAAUUUAGUGCGUUUAUAUUUAAAUUGUUCACAAUUCAGUACUACGACAGUUUAAUAAGGUUUAGUUUCAGUUCGUUAAUCUCUUAGAUAUUUAUGAAUGUGGCUUAUGUAAGUGAGGUCGAGUAUAGUUUCCAUAAUUCUUCAUUUUCAGAUGCUCUUCGAAUAUUCUUCCAUGAUAUGCCACGCUCGUAAUUAUUUAUUGCAUUGUGAAAAAAGGUGGUUGUUUGGUGUGUAUAAAUGUUAAUAUUAUGCAAGAGUAAUAGUGUCAAAGUGAGGAAGACAAUGUAAUUGUCAGUGCACUAGAUGAGGUGAGAAAGGUCACGUUUUAAAUUAACAAAUGUCACUGUCAUAAAUGUACAAAUAUUACUACUCACAAGGGGUGGAAUUUAAAUGUCCCGGUGCUGAGGACUGAGUUUACGUUGGUGUGUCGAGUCUGCUGUAGGUUUGUGAGCACUUUGUGGGAAUAUGACAAACGCUGAAACGGUCUAGUGCAAUAUUGAGCACUGCUUCAGACAACAUAAUUACAGUACAAGAACAACGGAGAAGCAGCCAUGGCUCAAGGCAAUACUGGGAUCAGUCGAGGUUAAAUGACAGUAAAAGUCCUGCCAACGAUAUUAGUUUCAAGCUCGUUCUCGGAUUUGAUCUGGUCGCUUGUACAAUUUCAGCAAAAAAACAAACUAGUUGUGCCCUUACAAUGACGCGACUGCUACACACGACCACCAGGGUGCAGGUGUGGCGUUGUAUACUCUCAGCUCAGAACUGCUGAGUAACUGACCUUCAGGAGGGGGGUGGAGCUGCCUACCAAUGAUCUUCCUGCCAAUAUUACUAUUCAAGUGAACGUAAUUGUCAAAUAGUUGGAGGUGUAAGUGCCGUGACGUUAGAAUGAAUAGGGUGCUGGUGACGAGUUUUAAUCGUUGUUGUUGUUUUAGAUUCAGCUACUCUGAACAAAAUUUCCAUGUAGAAACGGAUUCUAUCGAGACCGUAAAGAGUGUUAAUCUUACACUAACGUUUAUAUUUGAAGAAAGCAAGCAACACCAUUGUAGGGUGAGACGGCCAUGGAGAAUUGAUGCGUGUUAACAUAGCUAGUUGUAAGCACAUAAUGAUAUUUGUCAUACUCCUUCAGUAAUGAAAUGUUGAUAAGUUUUGCCUUCACUUUAAUUAGAAACAACUGGUAUUAACUAUUUGGAGUUACUUAAAUCUAAGCAAGGUGUAAUGUGCUAUUAUUGUGACAUUUGUAAAAGUAGUAUCGCUUAAUAUAAUUGACUAACGGCGUGUUAAACGUACAAAUAUUUUCAGUAUUAUUUUGUAUUUUACCUCAAACCAGUGCAGUGCAUUAAGGCAAAUUGUGGGGCGGUCGUCUUCUGUGUCACGAUGUUCAUCUUGUGUAAACAACUGAUGUCCAGAUAUGCUCGAAGUAUGUUAGUGCAUCAACCAAAUACACUAUAGUUAUUUGAGGAUGGUUGGUAUGACCCUGCGUGCUAUGGUAACUGCAGGAUGUCCAUUGCCAAACCCCUUCUCAGGUUUGAGUAGUAUAAAUGGAACGAUGGAGAUAACCUACUACGGUGACAAUAAAAUGAAAUUAUAAAUAUUGACGAUAACAUUAUAGCAACUUGUGUUUUUCUAUUUUUGUCUUUAAAAAAAAAUGUGCGUUUUAACCUAAAGAACAGUCUAACCUACCAAAGGGCAUGCCAUUUGGUAACGCAAAUCACUUUUUAUAACGGGAUGAGAAUUGCUUUAGCUACCUCAUCCCUUUGUGUAUUUAUACCUCAAGAAACUUAUUUCAA